AUGUGUACUAGGUGGAUCUGUAUCUAUCCGGCGUAUUUAAACAGCAGGAAGACACUGGCAGAAGGAAGAAGAGUACCAAAAGAUGUGGUUAGUAGUUUUAUAAAACGUAUUCUGAAGGCUAUUGAAAACCCAACCCAUCAAGAAAUUCGAGAUGUGCUUGCAGCAGCAGGGUUGAGAAUUGGAGUUGAAGAUAAAAUGUAUAGUCGUGAACGCAGUAAAGAAUUAUUAUUUAGAGGCCGCAUAAGAGUUCAACUGAAAAAUGAUGAUGGGUGUCUUUUUAACCCUAAUUUUCCAACAAGAGAUUCUGUUAUGCUUCAUGCAUGCCAGAUGAUACCAAAACUAAAGACCAGACAAGGAAAACAAGGUGGUGAUCAAGGCCAGUCUCAAGGUGGAGGCAGUGGCAGUGGAGCCAAAAAGAAAAAGGGAAGAAGAUAAACAAAAAAUGCAAAGACUAAUGUGGAUAUUAUUACUUGCAUUCAAAGUUUCAGACAGUUUGUUCACAGGCUUAUAAUGUAAUUAUUUUUUAUGAAAAGUUAAAAAUAUAUUAUUUUAUCAUUAUAUGAAUCUAAAACUUUUUAUUUUUCACUUGGUGAAUAAGGGAAAAACAAUCUGUUUAUUUUUUUAUGCAUGUAAAUCCUACGGUUGAACAAAAUUAUGUAAUAUAUGUAGCUUGAAAUGAUUAAUUCUUUUCUUAUGAUUUAUUAUGUUUAUUAUCAUCAGAAUCAUUGUAAUGUCUUUUUGGUUUUACUGAAUAAUAUUAUUGUUAUAGAAUGUAACAUGUCAAUAAAAGGUUGCCAUAGUAA